UUUCAACAACAUUAAUCUGUAUGAAAUCAGUUUUAAGUCUUAUUUCCACACAAGAUUUGUUAAAACAUUUGGAAGAAACAUUUAAUUAUCUUAAAUCAACAUUCAAUAUUGCUAAAAUAAAAACUAUUCAAUGUGCACACGAGAUAACUUCUUUUAAAUAGGAAAUAUUUAUUGUAAAGAAAAUUUCAAUUAUUAAUCUUUUUUAUUCAUCGGUUGAGCUAAAAUCUUUAGAAUAUUCUAUUAGAUCUGAAACUUGUCUACGUACAAAACUUUAGUUGGAAAUCUUAUAAUUAAGGUUUCUGGAAGGAUCCAACCUAGAGAAGAAAAAUUUCAAUACAAGAAUGUCAUAGUAACUGAAAAACUGAUUUUGCGAAUGUCGAUGGUCUUAAUGAGAAUAGUUUAUUGUGAAAGUGUCAGAUCUUUUGAUUUGGUUCUAUCUUAAAAUCCGAAUAUUAAACUAGUUGGUGUACAUGAGCGAUCUGUAAGAUACGCUAUUACCAAAAUUGUAUCUUAGGAUAGAAACAGCGAAAAGUCUGAAGCACUCACAAAAGUCUAUCUUUAUACAAAUUUUCAAUUCGAAGUUUGAAAAUCAUGUUUUUGGUUACCACAACAUUCAUUUAAAAAUAUUCUUUUAAUUUAGUUUUUAUUAAACCUUCAUCAACUAGCAAUCGUUUCAUCAUCGUCUGUUGAAACAAAAUCUUCAAAUAUUUCUUCACAAGUACCAUUAAAUAAUUCUUUAACUAAUAUUCAUACAAUAACUAUUCGACAAUCGAUGAUUUAUUUAUUUAGUUCACGUUAUGUAUAAAAUAUAUUGUCUAAUUUACAGUAUUUAUUUAACUAAAAAUUAGUCUUAAAAAAUAUGUUGGUACAAAUGAAAGUGAUUUUCAAGCUGCUGUACUCGAUUUACCUGUUCAAUUACUUUUAAUUCGUCAUUUUCUUACUCAUAUAAUCAAUCAACUUGAAAUGAUUGAAGAAACUGUAGCAGAUUAUGAUGUAUCAUCACAUUUUAUUUAUCGUAUUUCUGAAUUUCUCGUUAUGUUAGCACAUGAUAUACUUCAUUCAAAACAAUUUAUUAAAGCUUUACAAUGGUUAACAAUUAUUGUUGAUAGUGUUCGAAAUGAAGAUGAUAAAUGGAAACGUUUUUCACGACAAAUUGUCAAUGUAUUUCUUAUUCAUUUACAAUCACAUGUUACUAUUGGUUUAUUUAAGGGUCAAUCACUUUUGGAUAUAUAUUCUACACAAUUAACACUAUUUGGUGUUGUAUCAUCUGUGAAUUGCGACCAACUGAUCCAUUUGUUGUUGCUUUUCGAAGCUCUUCUUCGUAUUUUACAUGAUGUACUUUUACGAAUUUUAACUAAUACUCGACAAUUACGUGGCCAAAUCGAUAUAACAUUAGUUUCUCUUGCAUCCGAUUAUAUUUAUUUACUUAUUGAUACAUAUACAUAUGUACAUAAUUUAUUUAGUCUUAUACAUCGUACAUCAGUUGCAAGUUAUUUAUUUGUUGAAUCAAUAUAUACUAAUUGGGAUAAUUUAUUAAAACGAAAUAAAUUAUUAUUAUCAUUAAAAAUUUUUCGUACACUUGAAGGAAUACAUUUAGACGAAACUGGUCUUUUAUUAGUUUUAUUAAUUGAACAAUUUCUUCCAUUACCAUAUAUAUCUGUAUUACGUUUAGCUGAAUUAAUUGUUUUGAUCGUAUUGAAACGAUGUUAA